AACUUUCUCACCGUUAAAGGUCCAAAUGACAUCGGGAUCAAGAAGCUCGAUGGCGUGAAAGAUCCCAAAGAAGUGUCUGAGGAGGAGUGGAAGAAAGUUCUCCCAGCCGAAGUGUUCGAUGUUGCCAGAAACGCAGGUACUGAAGCCCCCUUCACUGGUGCCUACGACAAAUUUUUUGAAAAAGGACGUUAUGUCUGUCUCUGCUGUGGUGCUGAGUUAUUCAACUCCGACUCCAAGUAUUGGUCUGGUUGUGGAUGGCCUGCUUUUUCAAAAUCAGUGGAUAACGACAUGAAUAUCGUGCGAUUACCGGACAAUUCGCUUGGAAGGCAAAGAACCGAAGUGCGAUGCAAGAAGUGCAAUGCUCACCUUGGGCACGUAUUUGAUGAUGGUCCAGAGGAGACUGGGGAGAGAUAUUGUAUUAAUAGUGUAUGUAUGGCGUUUGAGAAAGCUGACUAA